AUGUGCAGGCAGCGAGCAGCGACUCCGCCGCCGCGUCUUCGCAAUGUUGAGCAGCAGUCUUUCCGCCAGGCGUGCUCCUGCAUUCCUGCUAUGCCUUGUCGCGGACAACAGUCCUUGCCUCUCGACAGCUGUCCUGAAGCCCAAUGCCUCCCCUACACCGGUCCAGUCAUCCAGCAGAUCGGGACCUUCCAAGGGCAGCCUUUGAAGUCACGGCGCAACAGUGACCUGCUUUUCAACAUCUUCCCCGUCUCCGAGAGAACAGAUGGCAUUGCGCGGCGACGCUGCACAGACCCCUGUUGCGGCCUUGCCUUCGUUUUCUCGAUGGUGGCAAUUGCAACGAGCUUGCGGGUGGUCCAAAGCCGGGACCUCCAGCGACUUACACGGGGCAUAGACCAUCGCGGUCGCAUUUGUGGUUGGAGCGCCGGUACUGAAGAGCUGGGUCUCUUGCAUUGGUGCACUGCCAGGACAGAGCACGGUUGGAUUCUGAACCUUUCAUCCCCCAUCUGCGUGGGCCGCUGUCCGGAUAUCGGCGAGCAUGCGCUGUGCCCCGAAGGCCCGCAGGCCACGGAAGUGGAGGAGCCUCAAGAAGGUGGACGCGUCCUCAUCGUGCGGACUGAAAAGCAGUUCCUCUCUCCUCGAGAGGUGACUGUUGAGACCAACCCAUGGGUGGACCGCUACUGUGUUCCAACACGUGCUUUGAGCGACGCCUUGACAUCGGGGGCGACACUAGCCGGGUCUGUUGGUCCAGGUGCCCCCAUGGACUGGUUCAUGGGCUGCUUCGAGCGCCUCCAAAACCUGGCUUCUAGCCCACGCCUCCUCUGCCUCGCCGGCCUUUGGGCACUGCUGGUGAGCCUCGUCUACCUCCUGUGCCUUCGCUUCUUCGCAUUGCUUCUCUUGCGAUUGGCGUUGCUGGGCUCUGGUCUGCUUUUCUUUGCUGCGGGUAUCGUCCUGCUUGUUCUGACGCAUCCAGAUGCAGUUCCAGGCCUGCUGCCGUUGGUGGUGACAUCCGUGUCGCUUGCGACGGGCGGGCUAGUGGAGCUCAACGUUGCUCACACGCUUGCAUUGAGCGAGGUGCCAAUCCUGGUAGCUACUCUGGCAUCUGGACUUCUCCUUGGAGCUCUUCUCCUCUUCACAAGUUGCGUUGCUGCGAGGACACGCCUGGAAGUGGCAGCAGACUGCGUGCGCGAAUCCUGCGCCGUCAUGAUGGGAAUGCCUUCCUUGCUGCUUCUCCCAGUGGUGGACGCCCUGGCGUGCCAAACGAUGUGGAUUCUGUUGCUGACAGGGCUCCCUGCUCUUCUGUCUGGUGCAGAUGUUAGUGGCAUUACCCUGUUCGGCAUUUCAGGAGUUUUUCGACAACUCCACUUGGCGUUCACAGAUUAUCUUCACAUCGCCGCCCUGGUGUUCUCCUGCUUUUGGGCCCAGGAGCUGGUGGCAGCAGCAUGCUUGUUUGCGACUGCACACUCGGUGGCAGCGUGGUAUUUUGCUCCGGGCAGCAACGUCUGGCAGAAAGCUCGACAUCUGCCCGUGGCCCCCGCUGUGCAAGGACUCCUUGUGGCGCUUACUUGUCACUUGGGCUCCAUCGCGCGCGGGGCCUUUGCAGUUGCACUGCUCCGCUUUCUGCGCUGGGCACUCUGGUCUUUACAUCUGGCUGUCGCGCGCCAGGAGGAUGACAAGGGCAAGCGCAAGUCGCGAGGCUGCUGCGCUUGCAUCGCUGUUGCGUGCGACUCUCUCAUGGCGACGCUUCAAGCAUGGACCGAGUUUCUCAGCAGCCACGCAUAUGUGGAUAUUGCGCUUAGCUCCACCAGCUACGCUAUGGCAGCUUCGAAGGCUUCCAAGCUGCUCCGAAGCGACGCUGGUCUUGUGACCAUGCUGUCUAUCGUGGCCUGGUUCUUGCGUUUGAUGGGGAGCCUGGGGCUCGCUGCUGCUGCAGCCUUGGCAGCUAGGACUGCCGUGGCAAGGCACGCGGACUGGUACCACUUGUUGUCCGAGCUGCGCUUCCAGUUGCAGGUGUCAGACUUCCCAUACGCAGCAGCGCAGCUUUCCCUGCUCUACGAGGAGGUGCAGGCCGUCAGCCCCGAACUGUUGGGCAUUCUGACUGCCAUUGCCACGAUGCUGGUCAGCCGAGCCCUGCUUUUCAAUGUCGAGUGUGCUGCUUGCACGGUUCUGUACUGCUUAAUCUGGGAUGGCUCCGAUGGUGUUAUGGAUGCCAGCCACUUACCGGAGUCCUUCUGGAAGUUUGCGAGGGACCGCGGGAUUGCUUCAAAGCGUCCCAAGACCUCCGCCAAGGGCUCCGGACCUCGGCGCCUGCCAGAGGUUGAUGUGAGACGAUGA